GGCUCUUCCUUGACGUUAAAAUUGCCUUUCUCCCCCCCAGUUUCUUCUUCAAUUCCUGUUUCCUUUCCCCUUACGUUCUUUUAAUCGAGACUCUGGUGCUCUAAAAUCCAUAAAGAUGCUGUCCGCGAGACCAUCAAGGAGCGCCCUGUGCGCCAUCCAGUUGAAACCAUCACGCCUCGCUCCCAGACAAUUCUCAACCACACAAAUUGUAGCUGCAGUCUCCCCGCACCGUCGAUCCGCGCAGAAGAUAUCAGCUGGUGAGGCCACAAAACGCGGACAGAGCACUGCAACUGCAACUGUAACACAAACAAGGCCGAUUCCGAGUCCUGCUUUUAAUCAGGAACCUCAACAAUAUGCAUCGCCGCUGCAGAGCAGGCAAUACCCAGGCUUGGAUGACUCCUUUGUCGGACUGAGUGGGGGCGAGAUCUUCCACGAAAUGAUGCUAAGGCUCGACGUGAAGCACGUCUUUGGUUACCCUGGUGGCGCUAUUUUGCCUGUCUUUGAUGCCAUUUACAACUCGAAACACUUCGAUUUCGUCCUCCCCCGACACGAACAAGGCGCUGGUCAUAUGGCACAAGGCUAUGCAAGAGCAUCUGGCAAACCUGGAGUGGUGCUGGUCACCUCUGGACCUGGAGCGACCAACGUCAUAACUCCAAUGCAGGACGCCCUCUCUGACGGUACGCCGAUGGUCGUUUUCUGUGGCCAGGUCCCCACAACGGCUAUUGGCACCGAUGCUUUCCAGGAAGCCGACGUUAUUGGGAUCUCCAGAGCCUGCACUAAGUGGAACGUCAUGGUCAAGAAUGUCGCCGAACUCCCAAGACGCAUCAAGGAAGCCUUUGAAAUUGCUACUAGUGGCCGCCCCGGCCCCGUUUUGGUUGAUUUGCCCAAGGAUGUUACAGCCGGAAUUUUGAGAAAACCUAUCCCCAUGACCUCCACCCUUCCUUCACAUCCAAGUGCAGCCACCCUCGCUGCCCGUGAGCUUAGCAGGAAACAACUUGAGGCCACCGUCAAGCGUGUAGCCAAUCUAGUCAACGUUGCCAAGAAGCCCAUCCUGUACGUUGGCCAGGGUCUCCUUGCCCGCCCAGAGGGACCCGCCCUCCUCAAAGAGCUGGCCGAUAAGGCCUGUAUCCCGGUCACCACCACAUUGCAGGGUCUUGGUGGUUUCGAUGAACUCGACUCCAAAUCGCUCCAUAUGCUUGGCAUGCACGGAUCAGCUUAUGCCAACAUGGCGAUGCAAGAGGCAGAUCUGAUCAUUGCGCUGGGUGCUCGAUUUGACGACCGUGUCACUGGUAACAUUGCCAAGUUUGCUCCUCAGGCCAAGGCCGCCGCCCAACAAGGCCGUGGAGGCAUUAUUCAUUUCGAGGUCAUGCCCAAGAACAUUAACAAAGUUGUCGAGGCUACAGAGGCUGUUGAGGGUGACUGCGCCGAUAACCUUGCACUACUCAUUCCCCAGAUCAAAGCGGUAGCGGAGCGACCAGAGUGGUUUUCUCAGAUUAAUGACUGGAAAGCCCGAUUCCCCUUGUCUUCAUAUGAGAGACAAACCCCAGACGGACUUAUCAAACCCCAGUACGUCAUUGAAAAGUUGAGCGAUCUCACAGCUCACAUGAAGGAUCGUACUAUUAUCACGACCGGUGUCGGUCAGCAUCAAAUGUGGGCUGCGCAACACUUCCGAUGGAGACACCCUCGUACGAUGAUUACUUCUGGCGGCCUUGGCACUAUGGGUUACGGCUUGCCGUCCGCUAUUGGCGCGAAGGUGGCGCGGCCUGACUGCUUGGUUGUUGAUAUCGAUGGCGAUGCUUCAUUUAAUAUGACCCUCACUGAAUUGUCUACCGCUGCCCAAUUUAACAUUGGCAUCAAGGCACUCAUUUUGAACAACGAAGAGCAGGGAAUGGUCACACAAUGGCAGAGUCUGUUCUACGAGGACCGCUUUGCCCAUACCCACCAGAAAAACCCCGAUUUCGUUAAGUUGGCGGAGGCUAUGGGAGUGCAGGCACAGAGGUGCGCAAAACCGGAAGACAUCGAAUCAAGCCUGAAAUGGCUGCUUGAGACCGAUGGUCCUGCUCUCCUUGAAGUUAUCACCGAUAAAAAGGUUCCCGUCCUUCCCAUGGUGCCCGCUGGAAAGGCUUUGCAUGAGUUCCUAGUGUACGAUGAAGCCAAAGAAAAAGAGAGAAGAGCCUUGAUGAAGAAACGAUCUGGACAUUAAAUUUUAAUUUGCGAGCCUGGCUAGCGCCGGUUUUUUUUAUUUCUUUGCUCUAAACUUUUGCCCCAUUUUGAUAUCCAUGGCGUUGAUAUUUCAUUCUGAUGUCUUGAUUGUAUGGCUCGGUGCAAUUUUCUCUUCUUUUACCUUUUUCUCUUUUUUGUUCAAGGUUCUAAAAAAAUGGGUUUGAAUUAAGUUCAUCAAUGGAUGUCCGCGUGCCCAUUGCACAGCGCGAAUGGAGUAGUCAGGUGGCUUUAAUUCUUUGGGUUGCAUGUCU